AAUAGAUGAAUGGGAUCAACAUGGACGCCCCUCGAGCACACCAUGCACAAGAGGGCAUUUUUGUAUAUAGCCCCAUCUUUACACAAUGAACAAAAGAUAGAAAUGCUCUCGUCACUCUUCUUUAGCCUUCACUUCACCUACCCAAAAAAACCAUACAGACGAAAACCAGCCUUGUGCUCCAGAAAGAAAAAAAUAAAAAAAUAAAAGUUAAAUUACCAAAUGCAGCACAAAUAAACCCAAAACCACGCCACUCUAAUAUCCUCCAAGAAUCAAAUUUCAUACUUUUUAAUCCCAUAAUAAUGUAACAUUGGACUAAUCAAGAAACCUUUGCUAAAUAACCUCUCAAAUCCUCUUCCCCUUUUAACUCAGACCCAUCUCCCGAGAACCCCAAAAACUCGUCAAGAUCCAUUUCUUUUACAUCCCCCAAAAAAGAAAAAAACUAAAAUAAAAGAAACAACCAUGUUUUGAUUCGAAAUAAAGAAAAAAAUAAAAUCCCACAAAUGUGUUUGCUCAGCUCCAGAAAACCCCCUGAGUUAGGCCUCCUCAUCCUCACCAUUCUCAUCCUGACCCAUUUAUCCCAACCCGCCCCGUCCUACACAACCCUAGUCUACAAAGGCUGCGCCAAACAGCCCCUAUCAAACCCCAACCCCCAAAUCCUUGCCUCGCUCUUCGCCUCCCUCACCCCCCAAUCCUACAAAUCCAGAUUCGCCAAGGCCUCCUCCGCCGCACUCACCGGCCUCUUCCAAUGCCGCGGCGACCUCUCCCCCGCAGACUGCCACGCCUGCGUCGCCACCAUCCCGCCGAUGAUGGACAAGCUCUGCGGGAGGGUAAUCGCCGCCAGAAUUCAGCUAUUGGGCUGCUACAUGCUCUACGAGGCCGCGGGGUUCGCCCAGAUGUCGGGAAUGGCGAUGCUCUACAAGAGCUGCAGCCGGAAGACCGCCGGCGCCGUGGCAGGAUUCGAGGAGAAGAGGGACACCGCCCUGAGCGCGCUCGAGAACGGCGUUGGCGGCGGCGGGGGGUUUUUCACGACGAGCUUUGGGGAUGUGUACGCGCUGGGGCAGUGCGAGGGCGACUUGGGGGCGGCGGACUGUGCGGAGUGCGUGAGGAGUGCGGUGCAGAGGGCGCAGGUGGAGUGUGGGGGAGCCGUUGGGGGACAGAUUUAUCUGCACAGAUGCUUUAUUGGGUAUAGUUAUUAUGCCAAUGGUUUGCCUAAAAGGGGCUCGCCUUCAUCUCCUUCCUCCUCUUCUUCAGGAGGGCCGGAUACUGGAAAAACUGUUGCAAUAAUAUUAGGAGGGGCAGCAGGAAUUGGUUUUUUUGUCAUCUGCUUGCUUUUUGCCAGAGGACUAAUCAAGAAAAAAGACGGUAAACCAAUUUUUUUUUACCAUUAUUUGCUCUUUGGACUAAUUACUGAGAGAAGUCUAAUCCCUAAAUCAAGGUUCAAUCUUAAGGUGGUUACCUUUGCUCUGAAGAGUCAAAAUGCUACACAAACUAGAAAACAACAAUUUUUAAGAUUGUCAAUUCAAAACGACUACUUUAUCAAGCAAUGUCGAUUCAAAACGACUACUUUAUCUCUACCAAGUAAAGAUCAGUGGGGCUGGGGGAAGUAGGUUUUUUAGAUUGUGUAGCAUCAUUCAAUUUCCUUUAGGUUCUAAUGGCACUGAGAAGAAUUUAACUAUUUAAGGAUGAGAAAAUCAUGAUUAUUAGUAAGAGAAGGUUUGGUAGGAAAUAUUCUUUUGUUGCCAUUGCCAGAAUGAAUGAGAUCACAAGAGUGUAAUGUAAACCAAUUCCUGGCCUUGUUGUCUCAUUUGUCCAUUGCCAUGUGAUUUCUUUUUGUCACUUUUUCAACUCUUGUCUGGAAUAUUUUUGUUUUUCUUCAAGAUUUUUGUGCUUUCGAGGAUAAAGUCUCUUCUUACUCUGCGUGCACGUCUGUUUGGUUAUUGUUGGUAUUUUCAAGUGAAGAAUCCACUGAAACUGAAUCAAUUAAAGGAUCAAAACCACUGUGUCAGCGCCUAAAGAUGAUUUUUUUUUCCCUUGCUCGAACAAGGUUGCCAGUCAAUGGACCUUUUCAUUUUCCAAGAAAUUCAUUCGGAAUAAAGGUCAAUUAAUUAAUUUCUGUUUUGGGUUGGUGACAAUGUUGUUGGGAUUAAAUGGUAUCACCUCUCUG